AACAGAGCACAACUUUAUAUCGCACUUUUCGAACCUCAACAGCUUUAAUACAACAGUGUUUGUCUAUCAUUGCACAGAUGGCAUUUACCCUGCGCGUGUUGUUCCUCCUUUGUGGAAUCAGUGGACUGUUUACCGGCGUUUUGUCGAACGAUAGCAAAAAGAAAGAUAGCUGCUGCCCUGAGGGUUGGACUCGAUUGGACGAUCACUGUUACGUCGUCAAAGAUGAUCCCAGGACUUUUGCAGAUGCGGAGGAAGUCUGCCAACUUCUUCAUGGCAAUCUGGCCUCAGUCACCAGCGCUGUGAAAAAUGCGGUUGUCUACCAACUGGUUUUGGAAGAAAAUUUGUCGUCAGCUUGGAUUGGAUACCAUGAUGCCCUCCAGAACUCCGAUUUUCUUUGGACCGACGGCAGCGAUCCUGAUGCCUUUGUUAACUUUGCUGGAGGUUCGCCUACCGACAGCGGUGACUGUGUGAUUAUCACUACAGACGGUGAGUGGUCUGAUGUCGACUGCGAAACAACGGAGGCAUAUGCGUGCAUCACAGACGUUUGCUGCCACUAAUCAACAUGUCCCUGACUCUGACUUUAGUUGUGUCAUUUUACAUCUCUGGGUUGACAAUGAAAUCUUCUUUUCUUCUUCUAUAUGACAUGGCAGUCAGUCAAACACAUUUGGAACUUCAUCUCAAGUGAAAUAAAAAUACAUUGUUAGCAUUCAAA